AUGACAACAGAAGAUACAUCUUCACGAUCUUCAUCAAUAAUAGUCAAUCGAUUUUAUUUAUCUGAUAUUCAAAAAGACUUAGUUGAUGAUAAACUUUCUUCAACUGAUAUUUGUACUAUGUUUCGUGCACUUCUCACUGAAUUUGAAAGAAUGGAAACAAGUGGUAUAACAACAAUAAAAAUGUUUUUAGACGCUAUAGAAGAAAUAGCAAAUGUUGUUCUAGCAAUUUCACCAUAUAAAUUACUUAAUCCACGCGUUCUUCGUCAUCCUCUUAUAUAUUUUCUACAUCAAAUGCUUAUUGAUCUAUUAGUUAGUUGGCGGGCAUCGGAAAUACGUUUAAGUAUUCAAGAAUCGGAUAUAUUUCUUAAGAUUGUACUUAUUUUUGUUAAUGCUGCUGAAUAUGCAUUUGCAGUUGGUGCCGAUGAAGAUCGACAAAGAAUAACAGAUCUUUUAGCAACAAGAAGAUUUCUUAUAUUAGUACGUGAACAAAUUGAAGAUUCUGAUAUGCAUAAACAAUGUAUUAAUGAUGAUCCAAAUAUAUGUACAUUAGGUUUGCUAACAAUAAAAUUGUUACAAGGAUGUCCAUUCUAUAAUUGUACGGAACAUAAUGCAUGUUUAAUUGAAACUUUGAUAUUGAAUUGUCUUGACUCGUAUGAUUAUAUUCAAGCAGUGCGUCGAUUUCAAAGUGAAGAAACAUAUACUGACAUGGAUGAUUUUCUUUUGUUUACUUGUUGGGACUAUAUGCCUUUUGAUGCAUUACUUUCGCAAAGUUCGAAUAGCUCAUUAUCUAAGAUUGAUUCCAUUAAUCAUUUUUAUGAUGAACUUUUGACACGAUUCGAACAUGCUCUUGAUCAACCACCUAUUACAUAUUCUGGUCAUUAUUAUAUUUUCGAAAGAUGUCAACAACUUCUUAGUAUUCCUAAACUGCCUUCAUUCGAUAAACAUGCACAAAUUAUUAUUGAUCAUUUAAUUAAAAUGCUAGAAAAUCUAUCAUCAACUAAUUCUAAUGAUGAUACAUUGAUCAUUGUUGCUUUAGAAGCAUUUUAUAAUUUAUCAAAAAUUCCUGACAUUCGUACAAUCAUGAAAAAACGUCAUUUAACAUCUUUAUUCAAUAAAUAUACAGAUGUUGAAAUGGGUGAAAAACGAAAAUUAGCAUUUGACAUACUUGCAGAAAUCAUGGAUGAACAAGAAAUAAAUAAUAAUUCAAGUGAAAUAAUUUCUGUUUUUACUGAUCAACUUAAAGAACUCAAUCCAAAUGAAUAUAAGCCAGAUAUAGACAAUACAUUAUCAAGUCUUCAGGCAUUGAUGCAAUAUGAACAGAUAAAAAAUGAGUUUAUUAAACAAGGUGGUCUGGACAAACUCAUAUCUUUUGUUUGUGAUGGUGAACCAUAUGAAAAAUGCGUUAAACAACUAGAAGAUGCUCUCACAAUACUUUGGUCAUGUACAUUCAGCAAUCCUGAAGCAUUGAACAAACUAAAACAAGAUCAAAUCUUAAUGACUCAUGUCAAUCAUUUACUUGAGAAAUCAAAGCAAGAUGAAAAUAUUACACUAGAAAAAGCAGCUGAAGGUUUGAUUUGGAAAGUAGAAAAAGAAGAGAAGUUUUUAGAAGAACAAUCUGCUGAAGAAGAAAAGAAAAAGCAAAAAGCUGAAGAACCUGACAUUGAACAAGAUGAAAAGGAAGAAGAAAUACAAAAGUAUGAUAUCAUGAUAUCUUAUUCAUGGGCUGAUAUGGAUUUAGCUCAUCGUAUUUUUAAGCAUUUAACUGAAAAACUUGGUUAUAGAGUUUGGCUAGAUCAAGAACAAAUGCAUGGAUCAACAAUAGAAACCAUGGCAAAUGCAGUUGAAAAUGCUGAGUAUAUUCUAAUGUGUAUGUCUGACACAUAUAAAAGAAGUGCAAACUGUCAAUCUGAAGCUGAAUAUGCAUUUAAACGUAAAAAAAAUAUAGUUCCAAUACAAAUGAAAGAAGAUUAUAUACCUGAUGGAUGGUUAGGUUUUAUAUUAGGUACAAGAAUGUAUAUCGAUUUUGAAAAAUAUGAUUUCGAUAAAGCAAUCGAACUGCUUGAUAAUGAAAUACAAUUACAAAAGAAAAAUAGUAAAGAAGCUGAAGAAGCUGCUGAAAUGGAAGAGAAAUCUGUUGCAUCUAGUGAAAAUAAAGAUAAUAUUAAAGAAGAAGUGGCAAAUCAUCAAAAUACAACAAAUGUAAAAGUUAACAAAAAUAAUAUUUUAAAUUGGAAUGAAGACAAUGUUCGAGAAUUUUUACUAAAACAUAAUCUUUCAGCAAUAGCAUUCCUUUGUCAAGGAAUUAAUGGUGAAGAAUUAUCUAAUCUUUAUACUAUGUGUAAGACAAAUUCGAUAUCAAUGUAUCGUUCAUUAAAAUUAGAACUUAUACAUAGUUGUAAUAAAAUACUACCAAUAUCUACUUAUCUUCGAUUUAUGAGUCGUAUACGUGCUGUCUGUGAUGAUACGUUGGACACUAGUGCACAAACUAUGAACAAAUCAUAUGAACAUGAUUUACUAGACGAUCAAUAA